GUAUUUCUGUCAAGAUGGUGAAGUAGUAAGCGAUUUCUGAGAGCAAAAACACCAUAAAAUGCAGAACCGCCUCCGGAACUCGCUCUGUUUUCCGAGUGAUGUCUCCAGGAGGACUUCAUAUCGUUUCUAACAAUAUUCCAGGAUAUGGACUGUAUGAAGCCAAUUGUCUUCCCUGCUCCGGAGUUUCUGGUCGAGCCACCAGUGCAUCAUCUUACUCUUGUCUUGGUGAUUACAAAUGUUCUAUACAGUUCAAGGUCCUACGAAUAAAAAUCCCAGCCUUUGUUUCCAAAGGAACAGCUCUUUCAUGUAAUGCAAGCUCUAGCAGUCGAAGAAACCCCGACUUCUCAAGGCAGAACAAACAUGGGUUCUCCAGAGGCCGUAACAGGCAAAACCAAGAGAGAGAAAAUGUUGACAAUAUAGAAGAAUCCGAGCUGUUUUCUUCCAAAAAUGGGCCAUUGCUCUCCCUCUCCAGCAGCCCAAGAUUUCAGGCUACUGCUACCCCGGGCCCAAGAGAGAAGGAGAUUGUAGAAUUGUUCAGGAAGGUCCAGGCUCAGCUUCGAGAACGAGCAGCAGUCAAAGAGGAACAGAAGAAUGAAACCUCUCGAGGACAAGGUAGGGAGAAUGAUACAGUUGAUUCACUUCUGAAGCUCUUACGGAAGCACUCAGUUGAACAGGGAAAGAAAAGUAGUGGUGGCACGAAGGACUUUAAUUUGGAGCAACCAGAACAUAAUAGCUUGUAUGAUGAAGAGCAGACAAGCCUUUUUGAUUCAAAUAGGAUUGCUGGGGAUAGAGAGGGAGAGUCCAGUGUCCCUCAUUCAACUCGUCCGGCUUCAAACUUCCAGCGUAGAUCUCCUGUUCCUAGAAUAAAGUACCAACCUGUUUAUUCAGCCAAAGCUGGAAUUGGAUUGGAGUGGUCUUCAAAGUCACAGGGGAAGGGAAGGAAAAGCUCUGUUGAGCCCGACUCUGAGCCUGAGCCCGAGCUUGAGCCUGAGCCUGAGAUUGUGAUUGAACCUGAGCUUUCUCAUCCCGUGGAAGAAACAGUAUUUUUGGAUGGGCAAGAGGAAGUACUUGAUGUAAUAUCUGAAUCUGAGCCUUCUGAUGCUGAUGAAGCUUAUGAAAAUGAGAUUUCGGAGGAGCCAACGAAUGAAAACACAGACUUGAGUGCAUUAAAGCUGUCAGAGUUGAGGUCACUUGCAAAGUCUCGUGGUGUGAAAGGAUACUCUAAGCUGAAGAAGGUUGAUCUCAUUGAGCUUCUAAGUGGAGUCUCGACUUGAGAAGUUCACAUGAUUUUUGAUCUUUUUCUCCACACCCAGUGUUUGUAUUCAUGUGAGUUUUCUGUUUCUUGAAGUUUCUUGCA